AUUGAAUCAAUGGAUCCAGAUGCAUUGGAACGUAGACUCUCACCGAUCGCGUUUGCAACUGAUGGUUUAUCUGCAAAUUACAUAGAUUUAAUAAAUGGUCCAAGUGAUCAUGGAGUAUGCUCAAGUUAUGCAUGUUUAAAACGUAUGAGUACAUUUAUGUCUAUUGUUGCACGUCAAAAAAAUUUUGUUAUGUAUAUGACUAGUACACCUCCACAAGAAUUACGUUUACGUUUACCACAAGCUGAUCCAGAUUAUGCUGUACGUCUUGGAAUUGAUUAUUUCACUGCUGGAAGACUUGAUGUUUAUGUGAAUGGAGUGUAUAUGAAAGCAAAAAAUGCUAUAACAAAUAAUUUAGGUCAAACUGUACUACAAGCACCUAAAACAUUAAAUGAAUUUAUGCCAAAUGUAAUGACUGAUCCAGCUGGUACAAAUUAUUUCGAUGAUUCAGCUCAAAUGUUAUAUGUUAUUAUAAAAGGUGAAGAUAUUAUUACAAUUAAAUUAUCUCAAUUAAUAAAAGUAGCAUUUGGUUUACCCGCUAUGACUAUUGAUCAAUUUUAUGGAUCAGAAGUUGUAAACAAUUUAGCUAAUUACUUGGGUAUACCUGCAAAGAAUAUCCGGAUAGUCAAGGUGGUAUCUGAGUCCAGUACAAAUUCAGGACGUCGUCGACGUCGAUCUGCAUCUGGUGUUUUUGUUGAAUUAGAAAUUUCAACACCACCUAGUCAAAACUUAUCAACAGGCGUAACACCAAAUGUUACAUCUGGUUUGACAAAAGUUGAGGAAAUAUCUUCCAACGUUGUAACAUUAAUACAAACAGGAUUAUUAGAAUCAGUUAUCAAUACAACAGUUGUCAGUGUAACAAUUCAAAAACCUACACCAUUAUCCGGCAGUGCAUUAUGGGCUGCUCAAGUUUCAGAUUCAACAACUUCACAACAAAUUCCUGAAGUUAUUCAAAUACCAGUAAAGAGUCAAGUUAAAGUUAUAGUACCUACAGGAUAUACUUCAGUUGUUGAAGGAGUUCCAUUCAUGAUAGAAAUUAGUACAUUGGACUCUUCGGGAAAUAUUGUAAAACCAUUAGGUUCAAAUUCAAGUAUUUGGGCAUAUGAAAUAUUGCAACCAAAUGCUACAGUGUCACCUGUAAAAGUACCAAAAACAAAUUUUCCAGAUCCUACAACUGGAACAGCAUUAAUUUCCAAUUUGAUAUUUUCCGAAUCUGGUCAGGCUGAUCUCUUUGUUUCGGUGAUUUCACCAAAUGACUCAACCAGAUUAAAUACAUCUGUAACUUUUCCUGUAACACAAAAACAGCUAAGUCUACUUAUUCGUCCAAUUCCAUCUAAUUCUGAUAAUUCAAUUAUCAAAUUAUCUGUCAAUCAAAGCUUUACCAUUCAAAUGAUUAUUAUUGACAAACAAACUGGUGCUCCAGUUGAAAUGAUUAAUUGGCGAAAUUUAAUAUGGAAAUUCACUGGUGAUAUUUGUCCAAAUAGUAGAAAACCAAAAAAUAUUCCAAUAAAUUCUUCUUCUUCUUCAUUAUUAUAUGAUUCAUCUAAGACAAAUAAUAAUUUCACAUGGACUAUUAAUGGAUUUCAAUUAUCUUGGGUAUAUACAUAUUGUAUUAGUGCUAAUGCUUAUUUAAAUGACAGUAUAACAAGACAAUUACAAUAUGAUUUACCAAUAACCAAAUUGAGUAUUUAUGUUAAUCCAGAAAAUUAUACUGAACCAACUAAAAAAGUAAUAAAACCAUUUCGAUUUAAAGUUAAUGGUAAUUAUGAAAAUAUGUUGCUAUAUGUUGAUGAAUUUAAAGCUGCUAUACAAUCUGAAUUAUUAAUGCGUUAUCCUAAUAUAUUAUUUGAAAAUAUAACAUUAAGUAAAGGUAGUAUAACUGUAGAUUUGAUUGCAGCAUCUGAUACGACAACUGUAAUCCAAAAUGCAUUGACCAGUUUUACAUCUUCUUUAAAUGAUGGAAGUGUUACGUUUUCCGUCGGAGGUGUUGAUUAUACAGCAACAAAUGACAAGACAAAUGCUGGAUGUAGAUCAACUGGUUUCCCAACAUCACUGAUAACAAUUCUAUUCAAUUUAUUCAUUUAUAAAUUAUUACCUAGAAUUUAUUUAUUUUGAUUAUAAUUGUAGUUUUCGUAAUCAUUUUUAUUUAUUGUGUAUUUCCAUUACAUUUAUACAUUCUACAUAUCGAUGCACACUUUCCUACAAACAAACAAACUACACAUUGAAUCCGUAAUUUUGUCUUUUGUCAUCUAUUUUGCCAAAUUUAUUCUUCACCUCAAUUAAAGAACAAUCAUUUAAUCACUAUUUCAUGUUAUUUUUAUGUUUAGUUUGAGCAAUUAUUUUAAUCGAUGAAUAAAAAAUAAACUUUUUUUCUGAUAAAA